CAGCUCGGUUUGUCUCGCUACUUUCUCGCUUCGCGGCGCCAGUGUGACCGGACCGGUGGCCGGUGUUGUAUAGAUUAUACAUACCUACAGUAUUGUACAUACGUAGUGUAAAGAUGGCGUCGACGGUGUGUGUUUCUAGAUGCCGACUGUUAGCUAAAUUAGAAAUAAAUCGUGGUUUGUGUUUAUCACCGAUAUUCAAGGAUUUGUCCAAUAGCAGGGAGUCAUGGUGUCGUCGUUGGCGGCCUGCGCGCCGGACCUUCUUCACAAGUGUAUGUACACAUGGAUCUAAAACGCCAACAAAAGUCGACCACGAAAAAUCUGAUGAUAAAAACAAGACGUCUCUACAUAAAGAUAGUAAAACCUCAAAGAAAAACGAAAUACAACCAGUUAAAAUAGGACAAAGUAAAAGAGAGGUGACGGUAACGUACCGGCGCGGGUUGCCGGUGAUCACGGUCCCGCUGCCGUCCCGGCGCGAGCGAUGCCGCUUCACACUCCGUCCCGUCUCGCAAACCGUCGGCGACCUGUUGGAACAGGUGAAGGCAGAAGACCGCGGCGUGGAGCGCGCAGCAGCACUCGCGGCCGACGAGCGCGUGCGCAUAGCAGCCAGCGACACCAUUGAAGCGCUGCUCGAGACGGACUUCCGACUCAUUAUCAACGACACAGAGUAUUAUGUCAAGACUCCGCCUCAGGAGCGCCUAAGUCAAGAGGAGGUGACGCGAUUGAGCGACGUGCGGAACUUAGUGAACCAGCUGUAUGAAGCGCUGAACGUGAGGGAACACCAGAUACGUAAGGAGAGGGAGCUGAAGGCGCAGCUUGAGAAGCUGUCUACUGAGCUGCAGCCGCUUGAAGAGAAACGCUUGAGCCUUGAAGUGGAGACCACGCGCCGUACUUCAGCGCUCACGUGGGUAGGCCUGGGCCUCAUGGGCGUGCAGUUCGGCGUACUAGCGCGCCUCACCUGGUGGGAGUACUCCUGGGAUAUUAUGGAGCCUGUUACGUACUUCGUCACGUACGGAACCGCUAUGGCCGCUUAUGCGUACUUCGUUUUGACUAAACAGGAGUACGUGUUACCAGACGUGAAAGACCGACAGCACCUGUUGACGCUGCACAAGAAGGCGAAAAAGAUCGGACUGGACAUCAACCACUACAAUACUCUCAAGGACGAGAUAGCAAAACUAGAAAAAGAUCUGUCCCGUCUUCGCGACCCCCUCCACAUCCACUUGCCGCCCCCACUCAAGUCAGGAGACAGCGACAAACGCUCCCCCCUCUCGAAGAUCAAGGAUAUGUUGGAGGAAACCAGCAAGAAGAUGAAGAUCACGUAAUAUUGGCUGAACUUCUCGCGCCAAAUGACCAGACGGUAAGGCGCGGUACAUCGGUUGUUUAGACUAAUGACCAGUUUCGAAGGCUACUGAUAAAGUAUCAGGAAUCUGGCAGAUAAACUGUGACUUGGUUGCAGAGGUAACAAUAUCUGGCGGAAAUUAUAAGUAGCAUUUAUCUGACAGAUAACUAACUGACACUUUAUCAGUAAGCAGUGAAAAUUGGGUCUUAAUAUAAUAAUGCUUGUUGAUAAAUUGUAACUAGCUUCCUCCUGCGAAGCCCACGUUGGAGAAUUUUGUUUUUGUUUGUUAAAUUGAGCACGUGUUGUGAUUUGCAGGAUAGAUAAUGUAUUUGAAUUGUAUCCAGGCCUUAAUUUAAAAUAGUAUUUAUUGUUAUGCUGUAAUUAUUUUUAUGUCAACGCGCUUUUCGUCACCACUUUUUGUAACUAAAUUGUAAUGUCGUAAUGAAACGUAAACUUCUCUCUUUAAAUGAAUAAAAAUCCAAAUCUCCAGUUUUGUUUUUCUGAAAAUAUACUCUCUUGUCUUCAUUUGACUUUAGUAAAAUAUACAAAUAUAAAAAUAUUCUUAAAUUAUUUUCUUUUUAAUGUAGUUAAUUUUACUAGUAUAAUUUGCGCUCAGUAAAUGGUUUCCUAAUUUAUUUGAUAAUUAAUUUAUUAAGUAAUAUUAUUUGAAGGUUUCGGUUUGAGAUGUGCAAUAACUAACAAUAUUUAGGUGCCAAUGAAUAAGGUAAAUCAAAUUGAAAAACUUCAGGGAUGUGUUUUUAUAACGUAGUUGUACGAAAUCUAGUCUUUUAACUAAUGUUUUUUUUUGUAGUUCGUUUUCUAUGUUUAAAAUUAAAAAAGACACAGCGGCCUUUAGAAAAAAAUAUUAUAUAAAGAACCUUAAGUGGCCAGCACUUCCUAAUUCAGGAUGAAGUUUUUAUUUAAACGUAAAAAAUAAUAUUAAAGCCUCUUUGGAUAUAUACAAUUGAAUUUGAGUAGUGUUUUCUUUUUUUCAGUAUUUUCAAGUCUGAUAAUUACGCAUUCAUUAUUAUUUUUGUUUAGGAACGCAGUAAAAAUAGGAGUUUAUUUCUUGUAUUAUUGUAUGUAUCUAAGCAUUUUCUUUAUUUUAGAGACUCAAGUAAAUAAGCAUUAUUUAAUAUGCAUUAUUGAAAUGUAUAAAAUCCAAUACAUACUUCAUAAUUUUACGUUUUAUUUGUAACUGCAGAUUUUCAUACCAAAUCUAUCACUGGUUUUGCGAUUAGAGAUGAAAAUUAGACAUAAUUAUUAUGGAGCUAAUUCCAAAGUUCAAUAUCUGAUCGGAAACGAUGGAUAGAUCGCUUAUGGAAAUCUGCUGUAAGUUAUGAAUUGCACAAAUAGUUUUGUUUAUUUAGUGAUCUGAGGCUUGUAAGUUUAUUGCGUAAUGUUGCCAGUUUUUUUAAUUAAAUUUUAUUGAUGAAGCCGUGUGUUUAGUAGCUAACAUGUCUAUGAAGUACUAAUUUUUCCCACGUUAUGCCUGAGAAUGGUUUAUUUAAUUUUUAUUGGAAUGUUAUUCUACUGAUAUUUUUGGUGAAGGUUUUUAAGCGUAGGUACUUUAUUUGACUGGUCUUUGAGAGAUAACGGGUUUGAUACGUGAAAAAAAAUAACUCAAGCAUGAUUUACAAAUCCCAAAAAAAUUUAGCUUUUUAAUUUCUUUGUUACCUAUGUUAUGUAAAUACUCGUAUAUCGUAGCUUAUUAAUUUAAGCGAAGUUAUUAUUUAUUCCUCAAUAUCUAGUUAUUUAAGCUGUAUUAACAGAUUUCUAUACGAUACGUAUGGCUUGUUAUAUCUUAGCUUAUUCGCUAUAUAUAAAAUAUUAUAAGUAGCCUGAGCUUCAUGAUUUGCAACAUUUUUGUCUUAUAAUGUUAGGGAAUGCUGUAGGUUAAAUUUUGGCUGUGAAAUUAAUGUGAAAAAAGCAUUAUUCAGUCCAUAGUAACGUUAUAGUAUAUCGGAUAUAUUAGUCGAGUAAAAAAUCGAUAACAUACGUACCUAAAUGUUUUGUAAUAACAUCGAAAUUAAAUUAAACAUAGGUAUCCUUCAUUAUUUUUAACCUACCAACCAAAGGCUAGUCGAUUGAGGCCCAAGAUAGCCCAAAACGUUGGUUUUUCUUAAAACAAUUGUUUACUUUGAAAAAUGAAAUAGUAAAUUCGUAGGAAACAGUUGUUUUAAGAACACUGACGUUUAGGUUGUGGGUGGACUUGAGCCUCAAUAAUUUGACGUCACAAAUUGGUAAUGCACUCCAAAUUCAAAGUCGACUAUCGAUAAUCGAUAAAAUUGUAUCGAUACAUCGAUUCGAAAACAAAAUCACCAGAUCUGAAUUAAAAUUAGUGUAAGCUAUGUAAAAAUCGUGUAAAAAAUAACAACUAAUAUAACGCUGACGGACAAUUAAUCUGUCUCAUUCUUACACUAGAUAAGAGAUACAAUAUAGAAAUAGCACAAUAGUGGUAAGUCUAGCGUUGUGUACUUCUACGGAUGAAAAUAUUGGAUUAAUGUUAGAGCCUAGUUCAAAGCCUUGGGCCCAAUAAUGUAAAAGGGGCUGCUGCCUCCAGUAUAUCAACGUAAAAAAAUAGAAUUUCUGAUUCGGUAGCUUCGCACCUUUAGGUCUAAACUUUCAUCUGUAGAAUGUUUGGUAAAACUCAUCCUGUAUAUAACUGUAUUCAUAUACAGCGUGAGUUAAAAUUUGAAAUACUUCAAGAUCCUGCGAUCCUCUGAUCAAAAUUGUACUAACAAGUGCUUUUUCCAUUUGUCGGGUAAGAAUGCAUUGGAAAGUGACUUUUAAGGCCUUGGGAAUACGGUCUAAAAUUCUUUGUACAUAGCCCUUGUAUCUAAUCUUAAGCACGCACAUAAAAUUAUUCGCUCAAUAACGGCUUCUUCUCGUGAUUUGCUAAUUUGCCUUUUAUAGUCCUUUUCUAUGUAAUGUUUUUUCUAUCUAUAUAAUAUAGAAUUUUUAUAUACAUCCCUAGGUAUAAGGUUAAGGAGCAAAGCUUCUGUUAAUUGAGGUUUAUUUACUGUAGUGUGAAAUAAUAUUACAUUUAUUUAUAACAGUAAUCUUAAUUUCGAAUAAGUGGAAAUAUUUUUGUUGUUUGUACGUUCACAAUGUUGGAAAAGUCUUCUAGUUUGUAUUAAAAAGGUAAUAGUUAGACUUUCUGCUAUAGUCAUAGUUAGCUAUUAUAAAAUUAUGAUGGUGGAGUUUGCGGACGAAAGGACCGGAAAUGUUUGUAACCCGCCUAAACUUUGGGUACUCAUAGAAACUCUUACAAUUAUUGUACUCAUAUUAAACCAAUGAUUAGUGAUGGGUUAGAAAAGUUGUAAAAUAUCGCACACUUAUUUUAGUUCAUAGUUAUUUUGUUUUAAAUAGGUUUUCAAACUACGCAUACGUAUAACUAUAAUAAUUUAUUUAUUAAAGAAUUCUUACAAUAUUUACACGUUAAUGUAACAUUUAUUUGACUAUCCUAGCGAACUGUAACCAAUAAUUAUACAUUUUUGAAAUUAUUAAGAAAAAAUAUUAGACAUUGUUUGAUCAAUUUCACAAUCGAGUAGUUAGGUACUUACUUAAUUAUAUUAUAUAUAAAAAAAUAAAUAUAUCUAUUUAGUCUAAAUUAAUUUAACCACAAUAACUUUCCUGUUAAUAUUUCACUACUUGAGAAUUGCCAAAUUUAACCCUUCCAAUGAUAUCCUAUUCUUGUUAUCUUUGUUACACCAUUUUGCAUAAUUCCUAUCGUAAUGAGUAGGGGUGUAUACGGGAGUGGGGCAUGGGAUGACGUCACGCACACACACAUACAAACAACCCGACUCCUUGUAACAGUUACUAUUUUGCAUUUUGUUAUUACAGUCGUGUUGUUCGAAUAAAUUUUUUAAAAAUCA